AUGAUUAUGACCUACGCCGGAGCAGCCGGCUUAAGGUGGCCAGUCUACCAAUCAAUCAAUCUACUCCUCAAAAGCUCGUCCUAUUUUGACACUGUGAACUCUCAUGACAAAAAGAGGAUGCGCGAAGUCGAUGAUAAUAGCCCGCCGACUUUCAAUGUCUCGCCGUCACCGUAUAGCUUGUCUAUCUGGCGUGAGACACGUUUGACAAAUACAUAUUUUGACUGGGCGUACCCUUCGUUAUCUUCGCAUAAGUCUGUCAACGGAGAAGUUGCAUCUACGGCAAACAAGAUGCGCCUCACAAAACGGAAGGUCGAAUUGGUAGCCGAGGACCACAAAGACUUCGACGGCGCAACGUUCGAGGUUCAAUGGGUCGACUAUCCCGCCACUCCUGGCAAUAAGUUGUGCGAACUCGAGGCAAAUCUGAAGAGGAUUCCCAACGAUAUGCUGGAAGAGUACUGGCAAUCGAAAGGUGGGCGGGCGAAGUUCCUUGCGAGGCGUAGUUGUGUGGAAAUAACCAAGAACUUAGCAAAUGGGUCUGGUGGCUGA